AUGGUGCAUGAACUAGUACAAAAUGACUUUUCUCCUGACUACUCAAAAAUUCAAUAUGUCUUGGAUCCUGAUUUGGAGGAAGUUCCAGAACCAACUGCGGAUGACACUGAUGAAAUAAAAAAGGAGAGAAAGAAACGUAAAGAAGAUGAAUUGCUAUGCCAUGGACAUAUUCUGAACACAUUAUCUGAUUGUCUCUAUGAUCUCUACACUAAUACUGCAUCUGCAAAGGAAAUCUGGAAAGCACUUGAAUUCAAAUUUAAGGCCGAAGAAGAAGGUACGAAAAAGUUCUUAAUAUCUAAAUACUUUGAUUUUAAAAUGUUGGAUUCCAAGCCUAUUCUUGCACAAGUACACGAGUUACAGGUUCUCGUGAACAAAAUAAAAGCCGUGAAAAUUGAUGUUCCCGAAGCUUUCCAAGUCGGUGCAAUCAUAGAAAAAUUGCCACCUUCAUGGAAAGGAUACAGAAAGAAAUUGCUGCAUAGUUCUGAGGAUUUCUCGCACAGCAAGCCCAAAACUGAGGUUAAUGUUGUUCAUGUUAAUGACGACAUAAUCACUACUGUAAGCGAAGUUAUGGCCAUCAAAGGAAAAGUCCAAGGAUGGUGGUAUGACACAUGUGCAACUGUACAUGUAUCUUAUGAUAAAGCGACAUUCAAAACCUAUACCGAAGUCAAUGGCGGACAUAAAGUACAAAUGGGCAAUGAAGUGCGAUCAAGAGUCGUUGGAACAGGAUCUGUCGAACUCAACUUCACCUUUGGAAAUAAACUCGCUCUUGUUAAUGUUCUUCAUGUUCCCGACAUGAAAUGA